AUGAUAUAUGUACGUAUGCAUAUGCUGGUAGCGGUAAAGCGUAUUAUGCAGGAAGCCAAAGAGCUUGCAGUCGAGGGCAGCUUUGAUUAUGAAGCACACCCUCUCGAGGCAAUAUUGGAUAAUAUAUUUGAGUGGCACUUUACUGUUCGUGGCCCUUCAGAGACAGAAUUUGAAAAUGGAAGUUAUACUAACAAAAAGAUACUUUCCUGCCCAUACAUAAUCUCAAUGAUACAGCCCAAUGGACGGUUUGAACUCAACACAAAGAUAUGCCUGAGUAUCACAGGAUUUCAUCCAGAAUACUGGCAACCAGCAUGGGGUAUUCGUACUGUAAUACUUGCUGUUAUGGGAUUCUUUCCUACUGAAGCCAGAGGAGCAAUUGGUGGAUUGGACUAUACCAAAGAAGAGCGUAUCGUUUUGGCCAAAUCAUCCAAGGCAUGGAAAUGCCCAGUGUGUCAGAUAUCCAAUGAAGAAGUCUUGAAAGAUAUCCCUUCUGGGCUACAGAGACCACAGCGACCACCUGAAGAUAUGCCAAACUUUUCAUUGACAUUUAAACCCGAAGGACAACCACCGGCAGAAAAGUCUAGUCAAGAUUCAUCCAAAGACCACAAUUUAUCCAUACAACCGACAGAAGACUCGAUCAAAGAGAAAUUAGUAGAUCGGCAACCUUUAUCUACAGUGGGUCAUGUCAAUGAUAAUAAUGAUAGUCUUGACAAUCUUGAUGAUCUUGAUCUACUGGUUACCACCGAACCAUCUCAAGAAGCAGAACAAGUGAAUAAGAAAAAAACCAAUAUGGAAUUACAAGCGUCUAGUUGUGCAACAGACCGAACUCCAGAUAUUAAUCCUGAAACAGUAUCUCAGAUACACCAAAGGACAAAUACGAAUACACCAAAUUCUAUGCCUGUUCCUGUUCCUGUGUCUGUGCCUGCUCAUCACAAUCCUAAUAACAUAUUACUAGCAACAGAGAACACACCAACCAAUUUGGGACGGUCACCUAUUUGGUUAGACGUGUUGAUCGGUAUUCUUGCUGUUUUGCUCUUUGGUUUGAUUGCUCGCAGAUUUGUUUGAAUCCUGUUUGUGCACCUCUGAUAUUAGCAUUAUUAAAAUUCUGGCAUCUCUUGUCUUUAAUCAACUAUGCUCCAAUAUUAAAACCUGCCUUGCAUUGCUUUGUUGUUGUUUCUUGGUUUCUUAAUAAGCCAAUGGUGUAUUUAUUUGUCUUGGAUUACUUAAGAAAUUUUGAAUUAAACAAAAUACUAGACU